AUGCUUGAAGAGAAAAAGAAAUUAUUAUUAGAAAAGCAACAAAAAGAAAAACAAGAUCAAUAUCAAUUACAAAGAGAUAAAGAAAAAGAAGAUUUUAUUGAUGAAAAUGAUAAACAACAACAACAACGACAAAUCAAAGAUAAUAAAGAAAAUGAUGUAGAUUUUGAUCAACAACUUUAUGAAGAAAAUUUAAUAAUAAAAUUAAAACAAUAUAAAUUUGGAUCAAUAGAUUCAAUAUUUUAUAUUGAAGAUUUUAUAAAUAAACAAGAAGAAGAAACCAUUUUAUCAAAUGUAUAUAAUAAAGAAAAUGAAAGUAAAUGGACUCAAUUAAAGAAAAGAAGAUUACAAAAUUGGGGUGGUAAUCCAAUAUCAUCUGGUAUGAUAGAAGAGGAAAUACCUCAAUGGUUAAAUAUAAUUUGUGAAAAGAUUCACAAUUCUUCAAUAUUUCCAACUAGAAAUGCAAAACCAAAUCAUGUACUUUUAAAUGAAUAUAAUGUAAAUGAAGGUAUAAUGCCUCAUAAAGAUGGACCUCUUUUUUUCCCAAUGGUUUGUAUUUUAAGUUUAAAUUCAACAUUGACCAACCAUUUUUUUAUAUAUCCAACAUAA